AUGGCCAGGUCUAGCAACAAAACAACACUGCUCUUCAACUUGGCUUUGAUGCUGUCUUUUCUCCUCAUUGCGUCUGUCGUCGAAAGCAGAUCAGUUCUUGGCAGGGCAGCAGCAUCCACACCAGAGUGUGUCUCAGUGCAUGGAGUAGUAACUGGAGACACUUGCACUGCUGUUGAAAAGCAGUUCGACCUAACUGCUAACGACUUCAAAGCAAUCAACCCCAAUCUCGACUGUGACAAGCUCUUUGUUGGUCAAUGGCUUUGCGUUGAAGGGAAUACUGAUGAGUGCUGGCAAAGAAGGCAGCCUGACGUUCACGGCCCAGACUCACUCCAAUACAAUAAAUGGGCCAACAGGCCCAACACAGCUCUUGGUGCUGAUUUACAGGGCUCUGUAGCAAGCACUGAAAUGCAGCAGAGGGAAGCACAACAAUGCCAGCUCCGGAAGAUCUCUACCAGCAAACCUUCUCAUCGGAUGAGGUCCAAAGGUGGUGUGACUGAGAUUUGGGACCCAGAGGAGGACCAAUUCCAGUGUGCUGGGUUCGCUCCCAUGAGGGACACUAUACAGACUAAUUCCCUCUCUUUGCCCAAGUUCUUCUCUGCCCCUCGCUUGGUGUACAUUGAGCAAGGUAGGGGAGUAAUGGGAGUCAGCUAUCCUGGAUGCCCAGAGACAUAUCACAAUGAUCAGCAAUUUUCAAGAGACCGAGGCCAAGGCCAGAGAGGAAUGUCAGGAGACCAGCACCAGAAAGUUCACAGGAUUCGCCGCGGAGAUGUCAUUGCCGUGCCAGCAGGAGCAGCCCAUUGGUGCUACAAUGAUGGUAAUGAGGAGCUCAUCGCCGUCUCUGUUCUUGAUCUGAACAACCAGGCUAACCAGCUGGACCAGAACCUUAGAGGAUUUAUGCUGGCGGGCGGCCAAUCCAGGCAUGGACAGGAAAGACACGAGAGAGCUUCUCGGAGAUAUGCAGGUCAAUCUGAGAGGAGCCAUGAAGAGACCUUUCAGAACAUAUUCCGUGGAUUUGACGAAGAGUUGAUGGCUGAGGCCUUCAACGUUCCAAGAGAGACUGUAAGGAGAAUGCGUCAAGAUAGUAACAGAGGACUCAUUGUCAAGUGCCGAGAAGAAAUGAGAAUCAUGUCACCCGAUCAAGAGGAGGAACAAAGCGAAUCUUCACCUCGGAACGGCUUGGAAGAAACUUUCUGCAACAUGAAAAUCAAACAGAACAUUGAACUCCAAAGAGAAGCCGAUGUUUACACUAAACAGGGCGGAAGAAUCAACAUUGCCAACCAGCAAAAGCUUCCUAUCCUUCAAUUCAUUGACAUGAGCGCUGAGAGAGGCCAUCUUAUGCCAAAUGCAUUGUACACGCCACACUGGUCCAUGACAGACAACAGAGUCGUCUAUGCUCUCCGCGGUGAGUUGAACGCACAGGUUGUGGAUGAAAGAGGAAACACCAUAAUGAACGAGAGAGUAAGGCAAGGUGACAUGUUUGUGAUCCCUCAAUUCUAUGCUACAUUGAUGAGGGCAGGAAACAAUGGUUUUGAAUGGGUGUCAUUCAAAUCAAGCAGCCAGCCAAUGAAGAGUCCUAUGGCUGGUUCAAUUUCCGUGAUGAGGGCCAUGCCCAUUGAUGUCAUCUCCAACGCUUACCAGAUUUCCCCUAGAGAAGCUGAACAAUUGAAAAUGAACAGAGACCCACAAUCCAUGCUGCUGUCCCCUACCAGGACCUCAUCUUGA